UGAAAUGCAGGUAACAGAAGAAAGGCCCAGGUCCGGCUCCCCAGGAACAGGACAUGAGCUACUAGAGGAGCUGCUGACUUAUGAUGACCUUUUCCUGGAGUGUUUCAAUGCCUUUCUGGCUCUACCUGCUUUCCCUCUUAGAUUGCAUUAUGAUCGACUCACGGGGUGGCUGCAGGAUCUGGAUGGCUUCCUCUGGAACUCUUCCAGUCACCUGGAAGCUGGACCAAGUUCUCUUUGCUAUGGAGCAACUGAUGCAGAGAGGGAAAGAACCCUUGGCUGGCUAUGGAGAGAGCGCUUCCUUCCAUUUACAAGGACAGCCUUUUACUUGGAGUACAAAUUGGCAAAGCUGCUGCUAUGUCCUCUGGAUGGGAACUACCCAGAGAGCCGCUAUGAACUUCGUGGCUACAGUCGCCAGUCGGACAGUGCUGCAGUCUCCAGUAUCCCCAGUCAUCCAUCAACAACUAGGCAACCUACUGGGGUCCCAAGUCAUGUGCUGCUAAGACUUCCUAGUCAAACUCGGAGCAGCCCAGCUUGCCUAGGCCAUUUGACAAGCUUUUCUGGCCAAUCUCCCAUUCAGAUCUCCAUGGAAUUCCCUGGCAUCUUGAGCUUGGGCCAGUUUCCAGUUACAGGGCAUUUGAGUAGGCUGCAGUUCCAGAGUCUGCGGUCUGACUCCAGCAUAGAAAAGACAAAGGAAAGGCUUAUGAGUGGCUUUACCAGUGCAGAUGAACCAGUGUUCUCUCCAGUUCCCCUGAAUAGAGCUGUUCUUGGCUCCUCACCUGAUGAAGAGCUCACAAAGCUUCAAAGGGAAGGGAGUUGUGAGAAGAUAUUCUCAGAACCCAGGAAGGUUUUGCAGUUUGAUCUGAAUGAAGCAAAUAUCACUGAGGAAGGACAGAUGGAUCCUUGCCUGUCGGAUUGUUUUGGAAGUGCUGUGCUGCAGCAGCUGAAAGAAGACCUUCUAGGAACUAAGGCUGGUAUGAAUAGUUUCAGGGAGUUCCUCCAUGGCACGCUAGGGAUCUACCUCCUAGACUUCUGGAUUGAUUGUGAGGACUUCAUGGAGCACACCAGGCACUUGGAGGCCAGAGCUACACCACAAGAGACCUGGCUAUUCUGUUUCAGCGCUCUUCGGAGCAUUCAGGCCAAGUACAAGCUGACAGUGCCUCCUGCUUUUCAAGAGCCAUUUGGUGAAGCUGCAGGCACUCAGGAGACAGCUUUUGCUGCCAUGAAAAGGAAACAGUAUGACGCUUUGAGACGCCUGCGCUCCUACUGGGUCCCUCGGUUUCUCAUCCACCACCAGAGGACAACACAGCUCAGGCUUGGAGAUGGUUCAGACUUCCAGAUCAAGGAGGAGAUACUGUCCUGUCCUGGCUUUCCAGCUUCUCUUAAUGUGCCAUCAUCACUUUCUGUUGUGGGUAGCCAAAGGGACACAAUGAACUAUGUUAAAAGGAAUAAAGACUGGAGAUGUAAUAAUUUAUCUAGGGACAAAGGCAGAAGCAGAUUUGGAUCAAAUAAGCAGCAUGAUGUCCCACCGGAUCCUUUUGAAAUACUGAUGACCACCCGGUUUCUCCAGGUAUUGAUGUGUGAUCUGGGGGAUGGUGACAGCUUUCUUCACUAUUUGACUCGGUUUGAAGAUCCUGGUAAAGUUCAUAACUUGUUGCUGUGGAGGAAACUGAAGUUAUAUGAGGCUGCAUGUGAGCAACAGGCAAGCCAGCCUGAACUCCGACAUAUUGCCCAGCAGAUAUUUCACAUAUUUCUGGCACCUUAUGCUGGAUGCAACACAGGGCUUAGCUCCAGUAUGCCAGAAUACAUUCAGAAUCUGGAGAGGCUCCUUUGCUUUGGCUAUGGAGACCUGACAACUUCCACUUUUGAACCACUGUCUCACUAUCUGCUUGGUGUUCUGGGUGGCGUGUGGUUCCAGUACCUUCGUCAUGAAGUUGCAGCCUUCCUAGAAUACUGCAUACCAGCAUCUUACUUUGAUACCCAAAGCACUGGGAGCAAAAACAGUAGAGUAAAACUGGAGACAAAUGAGAGGAUAAAGAAGCAGGAGAGACUUGAUGCUUGGGUUCAGAAUCAUGAUACAAAAGGUGGAGGGUUGCACAGGAAAAGGCACAGGAAGAAGGCAGUCCUUGAUCCUCAACGCAUCAGCACUAUGGACCAAGAAACCAAAGAAAAGUCCCCAACCCCCCAAUCUCAACAUGUAGGCAGUGCUGACCAUGAGACCAGAGAAAGGUUACCAACUCCUGAAAGUGCCCUGGACCUUCUCAGCAACUCAAUUGUGUUAAAAGUUUAUAGAAAGGCAGUUCAAAAAAUGCAGGAUGUGGAGCUGCAAAGGAUUCUGAAGCUGCUGCAGGAAGUAGAGGCUUGUCAGGAUAAAACACAGAGCAAGAAGGGUCUGGGCUGUGUACUGAAACUUUUAGAUACCUGGGACCAGCUAGGGGCUGUAGGAAUGAGAGACUGUUUUCCGAAAGACCUGAAGAUGAGGCUAAACAAAGAGGUGGCCCAGGGAGAAAUAAGUGACUACAGCUGGAGUGAAAUCAGAAUUGCCCUGCGUUCAUUCAUUGCCCCUGCUUUUGAGAAGUUUUGGGAGGAGGUGAGUGAGGGGUUGAAGAAGCAUGGGGUGCAACCCUCUCAAAUUCCAGAGGAGCGCUGGUGUAAACUGGAGCCAUUCCUACACUUGCUAGCUGCUAAAGUGGCUCUUAGGAGUUUAAGGAAGAGAAAAGCUAAGGAUGGAUCAGCAGCCACUGCUAAGCCUACAAGGGAAGACAAAACCUGUUUUUGGCAAGCUCUGAGACAUGCUGCAGAGGGCUGGCCCACCCUGGAGGUGCUCCAUUUCCUCAGACACCUCCAGGUGCACAGCUCUCCUGUGCUGGAGAGUGGCCUGCAUUUUCUCCUGGAGGUGGAGAAAUUCAAGAACGCCCACCAUGCCUGGCCAGAUUUGGAUCUACUGAAAAAAAAGAUCCUGGUGAUACGUGACUGCUUCCUUGCUUCUCAGAUUGAACCUCGACUGCAAGUUGCCGUGGAUGCUCAGAGGCUGGGGAGAGCAAUCCAGGCAGCUGAGAAGGCCCUCCAGAAGGAGAUUCCUGUACCCCCACCAAGCUUGUUUGACGAGCUGAAAAAUUCAGUCUUCAACAUCUUGUUGCCCUACUGGGCUGCCUUCCAAAAGUAUUGGCUCAAGCGCUCCCCGGCAAGUGCACAGAAAGCUCCAGUGCUGAGAAAUCAGCGGUUCCUCCAGAAGAGAGGGGCCAUCUUUGAAAGCCCGCAGCAACUACCACAGUCUCUCCUGCUCCCCCCCCUGCAGCCUCCUACGGAUGUCCAGAGGGCUCAGGAUGGUUUUACCUACACCUUCUCCAUUAGUAGAGGCCUCAUUCUGCAGGACAUUAUCAAAGAAGGCAGGAGCCAUAGCAAAACUAGUUCUGUGUUUGGAAACAGGAACAGGUCAACAGGGUUUCAUUUUUCCUCACUUUCCAAUGUGCCAGCAUUGAUCUGAGGCACGAAAAAAGAAGUUCAUAGGCAAACACGG